UGCGGCUGAGGGAGGGGGGGACCCGCGGCUCGGGGCUCGCUGCCGGUGGCGGGGCCGAGGGGCUAAAGCGCCGGGCACAGCGCGGGGGGACCCCGGUCCCGCCCCGCCUGCCCCGGAAGGAGUGAGGCGGCCGCGCCGGGAGCACGGGGAGGCUGCACGGGCUCUGCGCUGUCGGCCGCUGUCGCGAUAGAGAGCGGGGAGGAGGAGGUGAAGAUAAGCUACGGUAGCUACAGGUAGCGCUGGAUACCGGUUUCGUUGAUGAGCUGAUUUCAGACCCGCUCGUUGCCUUGCUGGGGGCGCAUCCCGCAGCCCUACCGCAAUGGCUCUGACUGUCACGGUGCUGAACGGCGCUGGCUUGCGUGGCCGCUGCUGCAGGCACAACGUCCUGCAGCCCUUGCUUGGAUCAGUCCUCGCUGAGCCCACGUCAAAAUUGUACAGCAGUUACAGGAGGCCAGGGUCACAGCCUGAGAAAACGCCGUCUUGGCCAAAGGUUGAUUUCAAUUUUAAGAAGGGCAUCGAUGCCUUAAAGACUCAGCUGAGCUUGCUGAAGAAGGAGGCCAAAGAUCACUUAAGAGGACCCGAAGGCCGUGGGUUUGAUCAGUACCUGUUGCAACAGACAAAGGUGUUGUGGGAGUUUCGGAGCCAGGAAGAUAUAAAUAAAUGGGUUGUUUCCUCUGAUGUAGAGAUUGGAGGGAAAAGUGAAGUUUACCUAAAACUGGGUAGGAAUAACCAGGCUGCUCUGCUGUAUGGAACUCUCAAUACCGAAGUACCUCGCGAUGGGGAGACAAAAUACAGUGGAUAUUGCAGCAUGAGAGCCAAGCCACCAGUGGGAUCUUUUGCUAGGAAGAAGUAUUACGACUGGUCAAACUUCAACAGUCUGCAUUUACGUGUCCGUGGUGAUGGCAGACCUUGGAUGGUAAACAUUUAUACAGACCCUUACUUCUCUCAUCACAAGGACGAUCUGUACAACUACUUCAUGUUCACCCGAGGAGGGCCAUACUGGGAGGAAAUAAGGAUUCCAUUCUCCAAAUUCUUUCUCUCCAGUCGAGGAAGAGUCCAGGAUAACCAGCACCCUAUCUGGUUAGACAAGGUUAGUACCCUUGGAUUCACCCUGGGAGAUAAAGUAAAUGGUCCAUUCCAGCUGGAAAUUGAUUUUAUUGGCCUGAUAAACGAUAGAGCGCAUACAGAAGAAUUCGCCUAUGAAAUAUAUGAUAGGAACACUCAAAUUUGAACAGCUCAUGUCCUUUGGAACAUUCUUCAGCUGCCUAGUUAAUUUUUAUAGAAUACUUCAGGUGUGGGUUCUAACAACUUGAAGGUUCUAUUGAAACAUUAAAAAGUUAAGUGCACGAAGCAUUGACUGUAGCAAACUGUUGGUGUCUUUCAGCUGCCAAAUGCAGAGUUCAUGAGACUGCACCUACACAGCCCAAGGGGAGCUGCAAUACAUGGUUACAAAGUAGUAACUAUUGACUGGCUGAGUUUUGACUUCUGUUCUGACCUUCACAGAAAUAAAAAUGUCAUGAAUGCAUUGUUGUUUCUCAGUA